AUGGGCGUCGAGAAGGGCGACAAGGUCUUUAUUCCCGCUGACACGCUCAGUGAGGCUGGUGGUCGCAAGGUCGCCGUCAAGUGGUCCCAAUCUUUCAAGGAUCGCUCAGAGGACUACUAUGUGAGCAAGUACACCAACAAGUCUGGAAACGGUGAAGACUUGGUGUUUGUUCAAGCCAGCAAGCUGAACGAACUUGCCGCAAAGUCACAGGGUGACGAGAAGUACACCCUUGUCAUCGAUGAUGCCUGGCAAUAUGGUCAGCAGAAGGAUGGUUCCAAGCGAUUCCUCGUGUAUCACGAUAAGAACAACAAGCCUUACCAGCACCGUUUUGUGGAAAACUUCAUCAAGCAGGCUGGUGGCAAGGCCGUUGACGUUAUCACCGGUCUUGGAUAUCCGGCUGACAAGAUUGAAGACAUUGCCUCGCGCUUCGUUGGGGACUACUUGAAGACCUUCUAG